CCCAUCCGCACGCCCGCCUCACCCCGCCCCUCUGGCCACCACCGACACAGCACGUUCGCAAAAAGUACAUUAUGGCACCUGCGGCGUAUCAGGCUGGACUCAUGCCCGUGCUACACACCCUUACCAUACACCCACCGAUCGCAAUGCAACAGUAAUUUAUGCACACCCCUGCCAGCCCGUGCUCAGCUCAGACUACCCGUGCUCGCUGACAAUGGCCUCCUCCCCUGCAUGCUUACUCCCCCUUCCCGCCGUCUGCUCACUUCUCUCGCGUUGCUGCCUGCUGAUGAAUGCCCCUCGCCCACCUGCACGCCCGGAUAUCGGCGACUCAUUCAUGGGAGCGCCUACAAACUCGCGGGAACGACUACAAACGAUAUGGGAACGGCUACAAAUCUCGCACGGACGCUCUACAAAUCGCGUCGUCGCUACAAAUCGCCGCGCCGUUGCGCUACAAAUCACCGUGUCCUCACGCUACAAAUCGUCGUGCUCGUCGCUACAAAUCACCGCGUCCGGCCCGCGCGUGCAUCACCGCCAUGUGCGCCGUACCCAAGACCGUGGUGGUGGUUGCGGUGGUUGUUGACAGACGCCGGUGGUAGUCGUUGUGCAGGGGCUGAUUGUCCAUCGUGCAGGGGUUGGUCGUCGUGCGGGGAUCCAGUCGCCAU